AUGACUGGAGUGCACACGUGUUCUCUUUGGAUUUACGUCUUCCGUGAGACGAUGGCCAAGCGCACAAAGAAAGUGGGGAUUGUUGGUAAAUAUGGCACGCGUUAUGGUGCGUCACUGAGGAAGAUGGUGAAAAAAAUUGAAAUCUCCCAACAUGCAAAAUACACCUGUUCUUUCUGUGGCAAGACCAAGAUGAAGAGGAGAGCUGUGGGCAUCUGGCACUGUGGGUCGUGCAAGAAGACUGUAGCUGGAGGAGCCUGGACCUACAACACAACUUCUGCUGUCACAGUCAAGUCGGCAAUCAGGAGACUGAAGGAGUUGAAGGACCAGUAAAGCAGUGCAACACUCACUGCUGGAUUAGGGAUGUCUAUAAUUUAUCGGACCCUGGUGUAGCCUUAAGUUCCAAAAAAUAAAUCUGAUUGGAGCUGA